AUGGGACUAAAUGGCAAGGACGUUAUGGUUGAGAAUUUUAGAUCCUGCAUCUGCAAAUUUAAAUUUGACGUAAUUAUGACGACGUAUUUUUGUUUAUCAAGUGCUGGAAUGGUGCCCAUCGUCAUGGGUGGUAGUCCCGAAGACUACUACAGCAUUGCACCACCGAAUUCCUACAUUCACAUGGGCCAAUUUCCAACCCUGGGGAAGCUCGCAGAGUACAUACGUUACCUUGACCAGAAUGAUACCGCGUAUUCGGCAUACUUUGCCUGGAAGGCCCUCGGAACCCUUAAGGUAAACUCACAGCCUUAG